GACACCCAACGGCCGUCGGAAGGGGAAACUGAGCUCCGACGACCAGCUCUCAAAAGUUACCGACAGGACAGAAACUGUUCCCGCAGCCUCUAUAUCAACAUCCGGUCCGGCGACGUGGCCACGCCUCUGCGAUCAGCUGACGGGCGUAGGCGGGGCCACACGAGGCGGCCGCUGCACGCUGAAACUUCUUCCCCACAAUCAGCGACUGGAGAGACUAAUCACCUCUCAGCAUGGGAGACUGAGGAGACAGACAGCUUGCUGGCCCUGCUCUGUGCCCAACCUGCCCCCUCCCUCUCCCCACCAUCCUCCGCCCAUGCCGUGAGACCCUCAGAUGUCACUGUCUUGUCCGCCAUCGGGCUCCCAAGCUCAAGCAGGAGUGAGGUGCUCACAGUCCUGAAAAGAUUAUCUGAGCUCCUGUCCUUGUUUAACCCCAGCCUAGUCAGCUUGAUUCCAGAACAGUCCGACACUCUAUUCUCAGAGUAUCCUCAGAGGAGCCUCCCAAGUCAAGCUGCUCACCUGUCCCUCUCUCUCAAAACCCACCAGGCAAUCGACAGCGACCGCAGCUGGAAGCUGGUGCUGAUUCUGGUCCCAGUGGAUGAUCUCUGUGGCUGCCCAGAGCAGGCCAGCUCACAGGUGGCCAUGGUUGUGCACCAGUUUGACCAGGCCCUGCAGACCUUACAUGGACAGUUAGCUCACACCGUGGUCAACGCUAUGGUGUGGAUUGGACAUGGAGAUGUUGGACAUUCUCAGAAAGAAAGGGAAUGCCAUUGCAAGGAGACCAACAAUGCUGCUGAGCUCAGCCUGACGAAGGGUAUUCUUGCCCUGUCCUUGCAGGAGUCUCUUAAGCGCCACCUAGAGGUAAAACCAUGGUACAAUGACGGAGAGAACUUUGCCGUCCUGCUGCAGGAAACUCCCAUGGAUAUGGGUGUUGGUCACAUAUCAGGGGGAAGGACACCCCUUUCGGGACAGAGAACAGUGAACAUCGACAAAGUGGCUACUCAGCUUUGGACCAACCUUCUGCAGCCACUGACCGGGGAGUCUGACUUGGACAACCAUAACCUAAUCAGUGGCCCAUGCCGUAGUGAGUACCAGCCCUUUCUGAGAACCCAAAGAAACUUCCCACCAGAGCCCCACCCACGAGCCCGCACCGCUGACACUGUGGACCUCCAGGACCAGAAAACAGGAAGUGAGCUCACUUGUGAAGACCAAAGCCCCUCCCCCUUGACUCCUACAUCAGUCCAUACUCUCCGCCCUGCAGAUAUCAAAGUGUUGGCUGCUCUGGGAGACUCCCUGACGGCAGCCAAUGGAGCUGGAGGGUCACCCAAUAACAUACUGGAUGUUUUGGUUGAGUACAGGGGGCUGUCUUGGAGCAUUGGUGGUGAUGAGAAUCUCACCAGUGUCACCACCCUUCCUAAUAUCUUUCGGGAGUUCAACCCCAAUUUGACCGGGUUCGCGGUGGGAACUGGAAAUGAAGGCUCCCCCGGCGCCUUCCUAAACCAGGCCGUCGCCGGUGCCAACAGCGAUGACAUGGUCGGCCAGGUGCGCGUCCUGGUGGAGAUGAUGCGGAAUGAUCCGCGUGUCGACUUCGAGAAUGAUUGGAAGGUGAUCACCAUGUUCAUCGGAGGUAACGACCUGUGUGACCACUGCACAGACACAGUUUACUUCUCGCCAAACAAUUUUGUCUCCCACGUACGUCAGGCCCUGGAUAUCCUCCAUCAAGAGGUGCCGCGUGCCUUAGUGAACCUAGUGGAGGUACUGAAUAUCAUCCCACUGCGGCGCCUCCACCAGGACAAGAGCCUCAAUUGUCCCACCUGGCUGGUCAACAUGUUGUGCCGUUGUGUGAUGAAACCUCCAGAUGAUUCAGCAGAAGUCCAGGUGCUGAAGGAUCUCAACCGGGCCUAUCAGAGCGGCAUGCGGGAGCUUGUGGAGUCCGGUCGCUAUGACACACAUUCCAACUUCACCGUGGUUGUGCAGCCUUUUUUUCGAGAGGUGGUGCUCCCCCUGCUGGAGGAUGGCCGCCCCGACCGCUCCUUCUUUGCAUCCGAUUGCUUCCAUCUCAGCCAGAAGUCGCACUCCUUGAUGGCUCGCGCCCUGUGGAACAACAUGCUAGAGCCUCUUGGUAACAAGACCUACAUCCAUGACUUCACCAACGACUUGUCACUCAAAUGCCCUUCUCAGGCCUCACCAUUCCUGAGAACCUAUAAGAAUAGCAACUACAGUUAUGGUGGCCCCACCCCCACCACGCCACCUAUCACGAACUGGGGGAGUGACUUCUCCUGUGCCAUCCACGGGCCUUCAGACCCUGUCCCAUCCUCAGUUCACAGGUUGCGACCCACUGACAUCAAAGUUCUGGCGGCCCUGGGAGACUCCAUAUCUGCUGGGUUUGGAGCCAAAUCAAAGAACCUCCUACAACUGAAGAACGAGUACAGAGGCGUUUCAUGGAGCAUUGGGGGAGAUCAGACAUUGGAGACUGUAACUACACUGCCAAACAUCCUGAGGAAAUUCAAUCCAUCUCUGCACGGCUUCUCCACGGGCAUUGGGACUGCACAGAGGGGUUUCAAUAUGGCCGUUUCUGGAGCCAAAGCUUUUGACAUCCCUGCCCAGGUGGAGACGCUCAUUCAGGCUUUGAGGGACAGCAAGGAAGUGGAUUUUGAGAACGACUGGAAGCUGGUGACGCUGUUUAUCGGGGGGAACGACCUGUGCCAGUACUGUCAGGACCGGGCUUCCCUGUCACCCCAGAAUUACAGCCACUACCUGAUGGAGAGCUUGGACUUGCUGUACAGGAAUGUUCCCCGCAUGCUGGUCAAUGUGCUGGAGAUCCUGCAGAUCGAUGGCCUCAGGAAGAUCAAGAGAGACUCACUCGGUUGCUCACUGCAGAAGAACAUGUGUCCCUGUGCUCUGACUCCAGGAGAGGACUCCCUGGAGCUGAGUGAGAUGAGAUGGAUCAAUCGGGAAUUCCAGGGUGAGACCGAGCGGCUGGUCUGGGGGGGGCGCUACAGCGGGCGCGAAGACUUCGCUGUGGUCAUACAGCCAUUCUUCCAAACCACCAUCAUUCCGCUUGGGCUGGACGGGAAGCCGGACCUGAGCUUUUUCUCGGUGGACUGCUUCCACUUCAGCGAGCGAGGCCACGCCGAGAUGGCCAUGUCCCUCUGGAACAACAUGUUGGAGCCUGUGGGCCAGAAGCAGACGUACAACAACUUCACCUACGACCGUAACAAGCUGCGGUGUCCUACAGAGGACCAGCCGUACAUAUUCACCAUCGUCAACAGCUUUCCCAGCAUUCCCACCACCACCGCUGCCGCCCCCACCCCGCCCGCCAGUACCGCCACGCCGUUUCAGUCUCUGUGUGGGGAAAUAGUGCCCGCCUGGGCGGUGGCUUUGGUCGGGGUCACGGGCCUGCUGAUUGGUUGGGGGGUCACCUGGAUCCUGCUGUUCUACAGAGAGCAGAGGAUGAAGAGGACAGCGACUCUGAAUGUUGAGCUGAAAGGUGCUGGGUUCUGAUUUAAAAAUACGGAAAAGAAAGGCACAUGGACUGAAAUCAAUAAUGCACCUACAACUGAAAUUCUCCUCUGGACAACAGUAUGCAUGGAUGGAUAGAAGGAUGUAAACAACAAACCCUUUAAUCCGCUUAAUCCACUGUUUAAUGGCUAUGCAUGUGCUUUCUGUAAUUUAAGAUUUCACAGUUUUCUUUGCUUCUCAAAUCGAGCCAUUGGGAAGCCAUUGCUAAUGAACAGAGUCGGUGACCAUGAAGUUAGAGGCUUUACUCCAGCUUUGGUUCUUGUGUCAUCAAGCUGGAUAAUCACGCUGAAGUGUCUUGAUAAAUAUUACAGGGCAUGUGUGACAAAUCUUAAGCUUUAUAAAUGUAGUAAGUACAGAUAUGUACUUACAGAAAAAUUCAUAGAUUUGUUUU